GCGUUUUUACUGGGAAUUGAACUCGCGCGCUGUGCACUCCCAGGACCUCUAGUUUACCCAGAGGCCAGAGCCAGAUGGACAACCGCUCAACCAUCUGGCCCCCUCCAUAGAAAGUUUCCCCGAGCACGGACGCCGCCUACGGUACUCUACUACAUACCGUACUCCAUCUUCAAACCAUGCAAAUUAUGCCUAAAUCUCGGGACUGGCGGGAUAUAAAAAUUGUGCGCCUCUGCGCUGGAUAAUAACUAACUUUCUCCCCUUCUCCUUUUUCUGCUCAGAGGGCUGGUAUCUCCUUCACAGAGAAUCGUUGCCCAAUUCCCUUCCUUCAGACCAACCCAUUCGUUUUUAUCGAUGAUAAACUCAAAAGCCUCCCGCCUUUUGGCAUUUGCUGCCUUGGGGAUCAAAGUAACCUUGGGCGCCGUCACGCUUGAGUCAUAUGAGGACACUUUCUCUUUGGCAGACUCGUUUGAUCCUAUCCAGGCUGCAUACUGGACCGGACUUCCCCACCAUCGACGUACACCUUUUGCAGUUGCACCGGACGGCACGACAGGGUACCUCGCGUACCUCAAUGCGGACCAGACCUCGGUUCUAGUUCAACAGGUCGAUACGACCUCGUUCACAUCUGUCGGUGACGCGGUUACUAUCACCGGCACUGAGGCCGGCGGCCUGGUUGCACACGACGACGGCUUUGCUGUCCUCAUCAAGACUACCGCUACCGGAUCAGAAAAUCUUCCCACUGAUGAUAUGCCGAUCGCAGUUGUCGUACGGUAUACGGAUGGUGAAUUGUCCUGGUCCACAGAAUUGAACGGUCCAUCAUCGUAUGGUGCUGGCAGCAUUGGGCGUACUGCGACCCCUGAUAUCAAUGGCGACCUUGUCUGGUCCGAAUCGGCUGGUCUUUAUGGCGCCUACUACGUCGUUACUGCGUACGAUGGAGACGCGUCUGGCCACUAUGGUGAUGCUAUUUCCUACGUUGACGCAAGCGGAACACGGCAAGACUCCACUGAAGGUACCAAUACCUGGGGCUGCUCACACAAUACUGGUAUCGGCUUCGAAGCCGCUGAUGCUGCUCCUUUUGCUUCCGUCUGUGCUGAGGACCAAGGCGCUAUCUGGUUGAAUACGAACAAUCGUGGCAUGUCCAACGUCGGUCAGAAGAUCUCAAACGAAAACACCACUAAUGGUUCCGGUGGCGAGGCGAUGUAUGGAAUGUCCGGCUCCUACUCCAACUUGGCUAGGUUCUCGACUUCCGACUUGUACAUUUUUGCUUGGCAGUCGCGCGGUGCAACCGAUCUUACCCUAAAUGAGUGGAUGGGUGACGGAUACACUGCCUGCAGCCCUCGUUGGCUCAACCACAAUGUCGCCAUUGCCAUCGCUUCUGAUAAGGAGACACUCUCAGGCGACCAAGCUACCUCUGAAGUCGGUGCAGCCGAUGGAGACACCCAAAUCACUUGGGUGACAGAAGACGAUGGGUCUGACCACCAGAAUAUUCACGUCGAGGCCUUUGACGGGUCUAACGCACUCGUUACAUACGAAACCCUUUCUAAUCCGACUUGUGAGCCUCUUCCCCUUUCCUGCACUGGUACUUUCUCUGGAACCAGCUUCCAGGUUGUCAGCAGCAGCGGUGAACUAGUUGGCUCUCCCGUUGUGGACGACAGUAUCACGGUAUCUGGCGACAUUGCACUUCUUGGAGACGGUCGCCUCUGCUGGCCUUAUGUCAAGCAAACCUGGGAUUUGAGCGCUGCGAAGGAUAGCGGCACCCCAACUUCCACAAUGUCCUUUGCUUGUGCUUCCCUUAACGGAACGUCAAAUUCAAUCGUGACCGCUUCGGAAUCGACUACUGCUGCUGCGACAGAGACAGCCACGUCUGUGGACACCUUGGUCAACAUAGCGUCCAGCGCUACCGUUGCGGAGACUUCUGCUGCUGAGGCCACCAGCAGCGCUCUUUCGGCCACCGACGUCCCCCAGUCCACUACUGUCAGUGAACCGGCAACUACAGAAACGACACUAACAACCGCAAGUGCUGGUGUGUGGCCAACGGGCAGCUGGGGUUCCUGGAAUCCCUGGGGAGUGAAUAAACACUUCGGCAGGAGCGGCUGUCCUCACUGUGAUAUAUCCCAUCGUCGCUCUGAGGGGUCGUAUUGAUGCUCUCAUGAGUUUAUGAGCGUGAUGCAAAUUUUGGAUCAACUGCCCGGUGCAGGCUAACUUGACGUCUACAUAUUUUUGUUGUCGUCGACAAAAUGUUUUGAUGUCAUUCUCGUGUACUGUUCUGAUAUUAUCAUUCAACUUCUUCAUUAUACUUGUGUCUAUUUUGAUUACUUUCUGCCUUCAUACCAGCCCACUAUCGUGUUUCAGAUUUGAAUCAUCGAGUGGUGAGGCUUAAAUUCAGCAAAAGAGGGAUCAGCAGCGUUGGGAAUCUCGGAUGGCAACGACCAGCCAAAUAUCUGGUUUAACACGGAAUGAAUACAAGAAGAAGCAGAAGAAACAAGGAGAGACCGUUGGUGGCUGAUGACUGAUCGAUAGUUUGUUUGUUUCAGUUUGC